GCGGCCGUUGGCCAGUUCUCGACGAUCCGUCGAACUGUUAAUAUCGAUUAGUGUGUUGGUUAUUUCGUUCCUCCUAUCCUUAUUAUUGUUAUUUAGAUACGGAGCGCGGGAAAAACGUGGCCGGGAAACGGUAACCCUUGGUUAAACGUGAAAAUAAACAAAACCAGUUUCGCGUGUACGUAUUUUUUCGCAAAUGCAUCUUCAACGUUAUUGGAUAUUAUCGGGAGGAACGUGGUAAAAAUCAGAAAUCGCCUUCAAGAUGGGGGCAAUGUUCAGAAGCGAAGAAAUGGCCCUUUGCCAAUUGUUUAUCCAACCCGAGACUGCAUAUCUUUCCGUUUCCGAGCUUGGAGAAACUGGCACGGUGCAAUUUCGUGACCUUAACGGGGAUCAGAAUUAUUUUCAACGAAAAUUUGUCAAUGAAGUUCGAAGAUGCGACGAACUCGAAAGGAAGCUUCGAUACAUUGAAGCAGAAGUAAGAAAGGAUGACGUACCGAUACCAGAUAAUUUGUCGGAAUUACCAAGGGCACCUAAUCCACGUGCGAUCAUAGAUCUCGAGGCCCAUCUCGAGAAAACGGAGAACGACAUACUAGAGCUGAGCCACAACGCGGUCAAUUUGAAAAGCACCUAUCUAGAACUGACGGAAUUAUGGCAUGUCCUCGAGAAGACGCAAGUAUUCUUCACGGAGAAUCAAGAGUCGUUUCUUCUUCUUCUAUAUCAACAGGAAGAGGCCAACGACUCGAUCACUAGGGCUCUGAUUAACGAGGAAGCACAGAAUCCGAGCGCAUCGAGUCGAGGUCGGCUCGAAUUCGUUGCCGGAGUGAUUAACCGUGAGCGAGUACCAACCUUUGAGAGAAUGCUUUGGAGAAUAUCACGUGGAAAUGUAUUCCUUCGUCAAGCAGAACUCGAAAAACCAUUAGAGGAUCCAGCUACCGGCAACAAAAUCUAUAAAACAGCUUUCGUCGCCUUUUUCCAAGGUGAACAAUUGAAGAGCCGUAUCAAAAAAGUUUGCACUGGAUUCCACGCUUCCCUUUAUCCUUGUCCAAGCAGUCACACCGAACGUCAGGAAAUGGUUAAAGAUGUACAAAUACGAUUGGAGGAUUUGAACUUGGUAUUAAAUCAAACACAAGAUCAUCGUCAACGCGUAUUACACAGCGUAGCCAAAGAACUAUUCAAUUGGAGCAUCAUGGUUCGUAAAAUGAAAGCUAUUUAUCACACGAUGAAUCUAUUCAACAUGGACGUUUCGAAGAAAUGUUUGAUAGGGGAGUGUUGGGUACCCGUUGCAGAUUUAGGAAUAGUUCAGGCUUGUUUAACGGAAGGAUCCAAACUUUGUGGUAGUACGAUACCAUCUUUUCUCAACAUAAUUCAAACCAGUGAAGAUCCGCCAACGUUCAAUAGGACUAAUAAAUUCACAAGAGGUUUUCAGACAUUGAUAGAUGCUUACGGUAUAGCUUCAUACCGUGAAGCUAAUCCUGCACUUUACACAAUCGUAACUUUUCCAUUUCUUUUCGGUGUAAUGUUUGGAGAUGCUGGUCACGGUAUAAUAUUGACAAUUUUUGCCGCUUUUAUGAUAUUCCGUGAGAAAAAGAUCAUGGAACAGAAGCUUGAAAAUGAGAUAGCAAGUAUAUUUUUCGGUGGACGUUAUAUUAUCUUACUGAUGGGUAUAUUUUCUAUUUAUACCGGUAUCAUUUAUAACGAUGUCUUUGCAAAAUCUUUAAAUAUUUUUGGAUCAAGUUGGAAAAUCCAUUACAAUUUUACGGAUCUAAUUGAUCGUCACGCGAUCACGUUGGAUCCGGCUACAAAUGCUUAUGAACAAUCACCUUAUCCACUUGGGGUUGAUCCAGUUUGGUCACUCGCCGAAAAUAAAAUACUUUUCCUUAAUUCAUUCAAAAUGAAAUUGUCUAUAAUAUUUGGGGUUGUUCACAUGAUAUUUGGAGUAUGCAUGAGCGUCGUUAAUAUAAUACAUUUUAAGAAAUAUUCGAGCUUGUUCUUCGAAUUCUUACCGCAAUUAAUAUUUCUUCUGGUCUUAUUUUUCUACAUGGCAGUUUUGAUGUUCGUUAAAUGGGUCUUGUACGAUGCUACCUCACCAGCAUUAAGAUUUAAACCAGGCUGUGCACCAUCCGUGUUAAAUACCUUCAUCAAUAUGAUGCUAUUUCAACAUAGUAAAGUAGAAGAAGGUUGUGAAGAAUUUAUGUUCGAAGGUCAGGCGACAAUGCAAAUGUGUUUCGUAUUUAUUGCACUUUUAUGUAUUCCAUUGAUGUUAUUCGGUAAACCACUUUAUACCCAGUUGUGUUUGAAACCAAGAAAUAAACAAGUUGGGAAGACAUUUACAAAUGGUAAUGCUUCUCAAGAUAUAGAAUUACAAAAUUCACCGUCAAGAAGUCAAGCUACUAGUGUACAUCAAGAUCAUGAUAACGAUUUUAGUGAAAUGAUGAUUUAUCAAGCCAUACACACGAUAGAAUACGUUUUAUCAACGGUAUCACAUACCGCUUCUUAUCUACGUCUUUGGGCUUUGUCAUUAGCUCAUUCACAAUUAUCUGAAGUUCUUUGGAAUAGGGUUUUAAGAAUGGGAUUAGGUGCAUUGGAGGGAAGAUACGUUUCUAGCAUCAUCUUAUUCUUCAUUUUCGCUGGUUGGGCAUUUUUUACUAUCUGUAUUCUUGUUUUAAUGGAAGGAUUAUCAGCCUUUCUUCAUACUCUUCGAUUACAUUGGAUGGAAUUUAUGAGUAAAUUUUAUAAAGGAGAGGGACACAUAUUUCAGCCAUUUUAUUUUAAAAAUAUAUUGGAUGCCGAAGAUGUCGAGGAUUAAAUUUCAUUAAUCGAUCAAUUAUAAAGCAAUAAUACGAUUUUUAUU